CACUCGUCAGUCGUGUGCAGUCGUGUGUCUGCUCUCGUUGUGUGAGGGUCCCGCGCAGGCUCAAAAAGUCCACCCCAACCUUUUGUGUUUAUCAGCUGGUGACGUAUUUCAAUGUGAUCCAAAGAUUUUUCUCAUUAUCGAACCAGAGCCGAGGAGAACAGAGCGAUAAAGUGUUAGUGUUAAUUGAGUGCAUAAUGAGGUGUCACCGUCUCUCGAAGGGAUAGGGAGCCCUGUCCGCCCAGAACGUCGAACAAAGCACAUGAAUGUGAAUGAGAGAGUCAAGGGCGAGUAGGAGGGAUCAAGGAGGUGGAUGAGCUCCAUUUCUUAUCCCAUCGGAUAUUAUGAGUGGACAAAUUGCAGCUGGUCCUGUCGAAGGCAGCAAAGCAGUCCUCGAGAGGAUUCACGUGUCCGUCAUGACGGGUAAUGCCAAGGGGAAUUUCACACAGGAUAAAGCUGGUGACACUGAGGCGACAGAGCACCAUAAAACACAGAUCUCCAAUGUCCAGAGGGUCUACACAAGCCUCUUGGCUGGGGCAAUAGCUGGAGCACUGGCGAAGACAGUGAUAGCUCCCCUAGAUCGAACAAAAAUCAAUUUUCAGAUAUCUAAAAUGACUUAUUCUCAGAAAGCAGCCAUUGAUUUUUUAGUCCAGUCGUACAAAAAGGAUGGAUUGAUGAGUCUGUGGCGUGGUAAUAGUGCCACCAUGGCGAGGAUUGUGCCUUAUUCAGCCAUUCAAUUUGCCGCCCACGAACAGUGGAAGAGGAUACUUCGCGUUAACGGACCGGACACAAAACCGAUAAAUCGACUUGUGGCUGGAUCCCUAGCUGGUGUGACCUCCCAAACUCUCACCUAUCCCCUUGACAUGGCGAGGGCGAGAAUGGCUGUGACCCAGAAGGCCGAGUACUCAACUCUUCGUCAGGUGUUUGUACAAAUCUACAGAAACGAGGGUAUUCUAGCCUUCUACCGAGGCUUCUUCGCGACAAUCCUCGGUGUUAUCCCAUACGCUGGAUGCAGUUUCUUCACUUAUGACACAUUAAAGAAUUAUUUCAAGGUAGACAAAGAAAUUAAUCCUGGAAUGUCAACGGCAACCUUGUUGUUCUGUGGAGCAACUGCUGGUGCUGUUGGACAGACUGCUAGCUAUCCUCUGGACAUUGUCAGGAGGCGAAUGCAGACAUCAGCUGUUAAAGGGGCUUAUUAUCACACUAGUGUGUCUACUGCUGUUAAAAUUUAUCAGGAGGAGGGAAUCAUGGCGUUUUAUAAAGGUCUCAGUAUGAACUGGGUGAAGGGCCCAGUGGCAGUGGGCAUUUCCUUCGCAACUCACGACACAAUUCGUGAUAAUCUACGACUCUACUUGUCUGGGUAGAGCCCAGCUAGAAGCCCAGGCUGUUCGAUUUGUACAUAAAAAUUAAUUAAUACAAAGAAACGAAAAGAAAGUAUAAUUCAAUCGAUAUUCGAGUCUAAGAGGUGAGGGGGGGGGGGAAGAGAAGAGGUUUAUUUAUGAGGACUAUGAUUUUUUUGGUUUGUUGAAGAGCCUUGAGAACUGGAGAAUCCUAGACUGCAUUCGAGGGGAGACGAGAGUUUGAGAGGUCUUGAUCAUGUUUAAAUUCGUUCUAUUAUUUACAUAUUCACUCUUGGGGCUCAUACUCCUGGCUUCCUUCAGCUCAAAUGGCCUCGUUUUUUUUUACACGAAAACACAAAUAACUGGAAUUUAGACAAUAAUGUUUACAAUCUCUCAUGAAUUGUUUCAGCAAAAUAAAUUUAUUGUAAAAAUUGUAA